AUGACUCAUCCUGACGCACCGCACCUGAACGCGGCGCACCGCGACGCACCGCGACACCGACGCUCGUGUCCGCGGGAAAAAAAACACAGAGACACGUUCCGCGCGUCAAACCUAGAGUCAUAUAAAAAGAACCGUGCAGAAAACUGCUACUGCUGCCGCUUCUGCCGCGUACUGCCUUUCUGCCACUUCUGCCGCUCCUCUGAAAGCUACCGCGUCUGCCGCUCCUUUGACAGCUGCCGCGUCUUGCCGCUCUUCACUGCCCUCCGCUCCACUGACAGCUGCCGCCUUUCACCGACUCCUGCCGCUUGUACAGGGUUUUGCUUUUCCUCAUCGCGUCCGACUCUGCCGCUUUGGGCGUUCACCGUGCUGUGA